AUGCCUGUGGGGUGUACUGGCGAGCUAUUGAUCGAAGGAUUGAUUGUUGGCAAGGGCUACUUGUCCAACCCGAAUCAGACGGCAAAGGCGUUCAUCGAGAGCCCAGAAUGGCGCCGUCAAUUGCAGCCUGCACCUACUGGCCACCUGUACAAGACUGGAGACCUUGUGGAAUACGCGGGAGAUGGAAGCUUCCGCUACCAUGGCCGGAAGGACACACAAGCCAAAGUACACGGGCAGCGGUUGGAGCUGGGUGAAAUCGAGCAUCAUUUGCGCAGUGCAUUUGCAGUAGAACAUGUCGUUGCCGAAUUAAUUCGUUCUUCCCCGGAAGAUGGCACUGACCAUCGCCCCGACGUCUUCCUCACUGCAUUCGUUCACCAUCAAAACAAUGAGUCAAUGAAUACUACCAAUGAAGAGGGUGUGAUUCUUCCUCCAAGCGAUAGCUUCCGCGCUGCAUGCGCAAAUGCCGAGGUUGAGCUAUCCGACUCACUUCCACAAUUCAUGGUGCCAGAUGUAUUUCUGCCAAUAUCAUAUGUGCCGCUCACACCAUCCGGAAAGACCAAUCGGCGUGCCCUCCGUGAUCAAGUUGGUGAUUUAUCAUGGACAGCUAUGCAGAGGUAUCGAGCAACUGACACCGAGCCCGAGUUUCCAUCGACAGCGCAGGAGGACUCCUUACGCACGAUCUGGGCAGAGACCUUGAACCGGCCGAUAGGCGAUAUUGGAGUCGACGAUAGUUUCUUCCGCCUCGGAGGUGACUCGGUCAGCGCCAUGCAGAUGGCCGCGAGCUGCCAGGCGUCUGGAUUCAACAUUGUUGUCGCGGACAUCUUCCGCUGCCCAAGUAUCAGGAAACUAUCCGAGAAGGUCCAGAAGGCAUGUGGAUUGAUCCCGUUGGCGGCUGGGCUGGGGGAUACUCAAACUGAAACCCGGUUUGACCUGUCACCAAUUCAACAAUUCUUCUUUGACAGGGUACCCGAUGGACAUGACAAAUUUACAAUGGAGUUCCUGGUCCGGAUCGCUAGACCCCUCAUGGAGGCACAGGUAGAGGAAGCUAUACUAGCUUUGAGUGGGCGACAUGCUAUGCUACGGGCGCGAUUUGAAAAAGACAGUAACGGAUGCUGGGGCCAAGUGAUAGGAGAAAGCCUUCAGAAAGGCGUAUGUUUCCGACCGCACUGGCUUUGUUCAAUUCAUGACCACAAAGACCUGAAGAACAUUCUUGUUGGUGGUCGAGAAUUGCUCCGUCCAGCAGAAGGAACGCAAAUGGUCGCUAACCUUCUGAAUGCCAAAGAAGGGCAGUUCCUGUCACUGAUUGCGCACCACAUCGUUAUAGACCUUGUGUCAUGGCGAGUGCUGCUUCAGGAUCUGGAAGAUAUCCUGACGACUGGUCGACCUUUACAACCCACAUCAACUUCUUUCCAACAGUGGUGCAAGCUACAACGCGCACAUAUCAGGGAUGAGAUGGAUCCGCCAGAACCGUUAGCUUCUAACCCACCUCCAAUGGGCUACUGGGGCUCCUCGGCCAUUUGCACCGAAAACACUUGGGAUCGGGCAAUCCGAAGCACAGUCACAGUAGGGCGCGAUGCAACACAAGAUAUCCUGGGCAAGGCAAACGAUGCCUUUCAUACUCGUCCUGUCGAGCUCGUACAGGCAGCUGUUCUUUAUUCAUUUGUUCGGGUCUUCGAUGAUCGACAGGCGCCAACCAUCUUCACCGAAGGCCACGGACGAGAACCAUGGGACGCUCGUAUUGACAUAGCCCGUACUGUGGGCUGGUUUACUACUAUCGCACCAUUGUUCUUGGACGUGAAUAAGAGCCAUGACCUUCUUAGGUUGUUGGAACUGACAAAAGACGGCCGACGUAAACAGCUCAGUCACGGUUUCUCCUCAUUUUCACGCCGCUAUCUGCAAGGGGAGGACCGACGUAGCGAACAGGAUGACCUGCCGAUGGAAAUUCUGUUCAACUAUACAAGCCUUUUCCAGCAACUAGAACGCACGGACGCACUCCUUCAAUUCGCACAACUCCCCAGUGACAGCCUUUUAUCCAUGCCGGGAGACCUGCCUCGUUUCGCUUUGAUAGAUGUCAAUGCAGUCGUCAUGGACGGCUACCUCACCCUGAAUUUUAUACAUAAUUCCCGCAUGAAAAAUCAGACCCGCAUUAUGCAGUGGAUUGACAAGUGCCGAGAAACCCUCGAAGCUCUUCCUAUUAUGCUGCAGCAAGAACAGCGACUGACAGUGUCGGACCUUCCGCUAUUGUCAUUUGCGGAAGACAGCCAACUCCGAGAUCUGCUGCACAAUAUAUCUUCCCGGUUCGAUGUCCCGCGAAGCAAAUUGAGGACAUUUACCCAUGCACUCCAUUGCAACUCGGGAUAUAUAUCAGCCAACUGA